AACCCAAACCCUCUCCAGCUCCUUUGCAAGUGCUGUACUUGAAUACGAGCUCACCUACACGGUAGCUGCCAAUUGGUUACAACAACUAGCUAUCAAAUUAUUCAAAUCAAUAUUCAAGAAGACUCGCGAUCAAAUCACAGUCGUCGAUCUCGCCGACAAAUGGCGCUGGUAUAUUCUUCCUUAACUCUGGCAAGGUUCCCUGUAUCUCCGAUCACCGCCUCAAUUUACUCCGACGUGAAAGUCCAAAGUAUGGCCGUGCCUAAAAGAGCCGAGGAUCUUUCUAUUCAGGUGGGAGCCAAAGAAAUUAAACAAGAGUGGGCAUCGAAAACCUUGACCUCGGUUUCACGAAGAAACGUGGGGAUGCAAUUAGCUAUUGCCUCUUUGGCUGCCAUUGCUACCAAUUUACCGGAUUCUGCUGAAGCACGUGUAAUUAAACCUGAGAUCAAGAGGAAAAUAUUUGAAAAGCUUAAAAUGCUAAGGGAAAAAGCUAAUUUAAUGAAUCCAAAUACUGAAAAUGAAGAAAAAACUUAUCCACCAGCAGAGGAGGACGAAAAAACUGAUCUAUUGAAUCCAAAUACUGAAAAUGUAGAAAAGACAUCUCCACUGGCAGAGGAGGAAGAAAAGGCUGGUUUGUUGAAUCCAGAUACAGAGAAGGAGGAAAAGACUUCUCCACCGGUAGAGAAGAAAGAAAAAGCUAGUUUGUCGAAUCCAAAUGCAGAGAAUGAGGAAAAGAAUCCAAAUACUGAAAAUGAUGAAAAGACAUCUCCACUGGCAGAGGAGGAAGGAAAAGCUGGUUUGCCGAAUCCAGACGCAAAGGAUGAGGAAAAGACUUCUCCACCUGUAGAGGAGAAAGAAAAAUCUAAUUUGUCGAACCCAAAUAUAGAGAAUGAGGAAAAGACUUCUCCCCAGGGAGAGGAGGAAGAGAAAGCUCUUACAUCAGACUUUAUUAUUGAGCCCAGAUGGCCAGUAAAAUACAAAUUGCAACACCACCAAGUAAAGCAGAAGUCUACAGGUUCCGGUCUGUUUCUCUAUUGUCUGUUCAAUGUCUUCGUGUUCGUUACGGGUAAUGGAUUGUCUGGAAGCUUUUUCAAAAUUAAUCAAAUAAACAUUAAACCCUUGUUCAUUUAAUUAUACAGAAUUCCGGGAAGCUCUUUGAAAAUUAAUCAAAUAAACUCUUGCUCAUUCUAUUAUACGGAAUCCCAAUUUGAUUUUGAUUUGACAAUAUAACAUGCCUCGUAAACAAAAGAUACCUAUUGAACAAGUCAACGAUGUCUUAUAAACACAAGAUAAUCGGUACACAUAAGACACAUCUCCCUUGAUUUCGAUUCUUUUACAUUCCUUGCCUGUCAGACAAUUCCCUUAUUCUUGUGUGUUUCCUUGCUAUCUACUUAUUCAUUAUGCUUCCUUGUUAUUAAUCUUCUGCCAUCAUAUUCUCUCAAGCCAACAUGACUUCGUAUAGCAAACAAAUCACCUUCGCCUUCUUAAUAUCAAUAAUUCUCAGUUACCAGACAACCGUUACAUCCCAAGUGUGUCCUGAACCAUGCAGGUUCUCUCCACCGGCAAUUCUAACCCCAGGGCCUCCAGCAGGUUCUAACAACCCUCGGUCACCUUCUAAUCUCACUAAUGCACCACCAGCAAUCCCAGUACCAGGGCCUCCAGCCGGUUCAAAUAGCCCUCCUGAUCUCACGAAUGCACCCUCGCCGCCAGACGGUAUGGUGCCCUGGUUUCCAUAUUACUAUAGAAGGCCUUUGCCUGGCUCCGAUCAAUCUUCAUCACCUUCAGCUCAUAUUUCGGGAUGGACAGCUUUGAUCAUCUGCACCAGCUAUCUCCUUGUUUUUGCAUAGUACUAAUUACUCCAAACUAGUUAUUACAUGUCAGUCUAGUUUAGCAAGGCUGUUUAACUAUAUGUGUGUGAUCAAGAAUUUAAUUUACAGAAGAAAAUAAUGUUAUAUUAAUCCACAAAAAAUUAAAUAUUACUGUAGCUAGUUUUUGAAUUUACUACAA